AUGGCUUCGCUUCUUGGUUUCGUUGCCCGAAAUUGGCAGAUGUCCUCCCCCUCGGAGGUUCCAAAGACACCUAAUGCCCUGAAGUUUGGCAUUCUUGGUGCUGCUAAUAUUGCAAAAAGCGUCUUGAUCAACCCGGCGAAAACACACCCUGAGGUAAAGGUCCAGGCUGUUGCCGCUCGCGACAAGCAUAGGGCAGUGGCAUAUGCCAGAAAACACGGUAUACCCCAAGUGCAUGAGAGCUACGAAGCGAUCCUCGAUGACCCAUCCAUCGACGUUGUUUAUAUCCCGCUUCCACCUAGCUUGCAUUUCGAAUGGGCCUUGAAAGCACUAAACAAGGGCAAGCAUGUUCUCGUGGAAAAGCCUGCAGUUGUCAACGCUAUUGAGGCCGAAACACUAUUUCGGUCACCGGUGCUUCAAAAGCCCAAAGCCCCCAUCCUGCUCGAAGCAAUGCACCAUCGUUUCCAACCAUCAUGGCAAUACUUCAUUUCCUUGGUCGAUCGAUCGAGCCUAGACCGCGUGGUCAGUAUUGGAAAGCUGCCAUCGUAUAUCAUCCCGAAGACCAGCGUUCAGCUUGGGUAUGAGACCGGUGGUGGUAAUCUCCUCAACCUAGGAACAUACGGAAUGUGCGUCUUGCGGGAGAUCAUAGGUGCUGAACCUGAAGAGUGUACCAAAUGCACCGUUCGAAGGACACCGCUUGAUGAGCUCUGUGACGAAGCGGCCGAAGCCACCUUCCGGUUCCCGCAUGGCCUUGUUGGCGAGAUCGUAACGGAUAUGCGCGCAAGUGUUUUCAUCCUCCCGACAUUCAUCACCACAGUUGUUCACAAGGAAGUGCUGGUAGAAGAUGACAAACUCCCCCGGGGUCAAAAGAAGUUUCGUGUUCGCAAAGUUACCCUGAACAACUUUCUGAUGGCAGCUGCCUGGCAUCGCAUCGAUAUCGAAGAUGAAUUUAUCAUCAAGAAGGUCGAUGGAGAGACCAACAAAGUCAUAAAGCGAUGGUCAAACAAGGAGUCUAGAAAGAUAUAUACGUUCAAAGAUGCUGGACUUGAUCAACCUGGAGAGCCAUCUUGGAGCUCGUGGCGCCAUGAGCUAGAGCAGUUCGUCAACCGUGUUCGAGAUAGGGAGGGCUCUGGCCUCUGGCUCAGCAACGAGGAUAGUCUUAAGCAGGCAAAAAUGAUUGACCUGGCAUAUGAGAAAGCGGGAUUACCCUUGAGGCCCACCGGAAGCGUUCUUCAUCCAAGUGUAUCUGAAUAG